AUACUAUUACAACCGCUUCAGCCUUUCCAUGGCGAUUAUAAUCAUCAUCCUUAUCGUUGUCGUCUUUCUCAUGGGCUUCUUCUCCAUCUGCAUCCGCCACUACAACCUACUCCCCCUCCGCAAGCAUCCGCAACCUCACCGGAGCCACCUCGCGCUCGCACCGUGGCCUCGACCAGGCGGUCAUCGACACUUUCCCCACUCUCGAGUACUCCGUGGUGAAGAUCCACAAGCUUGGAAAGGGGACGUGUUUGCGGAGUGCAUCUACGAGGUACGUACGACGGUGAUGACUAAGUCUGCGACAGCCGUGGAGGUGAUGCGAUUCAUGGUGGCCGCUGAAAGGGGAGAUGAUGCUUGCAAUUUUGUUGAUCGAAGAAGAUGGAGGAAGAACACGGUUUCGAAUGUUCUGAUGGAGAUUCGAGCUCGCGAUUUUGUUGAUUGAAGAAGAUGGAGGCAGGACACGAUUUUGGGGUUUUCCCAACAGUUGUGCAGAAGAUGGAAAGGAAAAGGAGAACCCUAAUAGAAAGGUUUGGGCUUGGCCCAUCUU